AAUUGGAUUAAUUUCUGUCACGUAAUUUGAUUCAGAAACAUGAACAUCUUUAUUUUUUGUCUUCUGUUCACCAGCCUCGCCUCUGUAUUCGCCUCGCCGGUUCCAUCCGGUGAAAAUCGAAUCGUCGGCGGCAGAAAUGGAACGAUCGAAGAAGUCCCUUACCAGAUUUCCUCUUUGCUUGACGGCAGCCACAACUGCGGCGGUUCCCUCAUUAACGAGUACUGGAUCGUUUCGGCUGCGCACUGCUUCCAACGAGACUUUAGCCGCUACUCUGUCCGGAUCGGAAGCACAAUGCGGAACGCAGGUGGGACUAUUCAUGAACUAGAUCAAAUCAUAAACCAUCCAAAUUACAGCAUCCCCGUGACUUAUGCCAAUGACAUUGCUCUCCUCAAGGUAAAGGAACCGAUGGAUUUUUCGGCUCGGGUUCAGCCUAUCCCUUUGCCUGAACAAUACGAAAUGGUCCCAGAAGGUGAAUUUAGCACUAUCUCUGGCUGGGGAACUAUUCGUUGGCUUGUUGGCCCCGUGGCUGAUAUCGUUCAAAUCGCCGAAGUUCCUGUAACUUCGCGGGAAUAUUGUGCGACUGCUUAUGGUCAAAGUUGGAUCACCGACGACAUGUUGUGCGCUGGUUUUCCCGAGGGUGGCAUCGAUGCUUGCCAGGGCGAUUCUGGCGGCCCGUUGGUAGUCGAUGGAGUUCUUCACGGUGCCGUUUCCUGGGGCAGCGGAUGCGCUCUUGCCGGUUAUCCCGGUGUCUAUGCCAGAGUUUCCUACUUCCGCGACUGGAUCAGAGAAAACUCUGGAAUGUAGGAUGGAGAUGGCUGAAUUACGCUAUAUUUACUGUCAAUAAACCGUUCGGGAUCAGAGAUUCAUUUCAAGCGUACAGUGUUUAUACACUUUGCGAACGAUUAGUGCGUCUCGCAAAACUGGAAUUUAAUUGAUAUUAUUGUAUAAUGUCGUGUCCGGCGUAAUAUACAUGUCAAGGGCGUCUCAGUGUACAUACGCACCUAUAUAAAAUUACAGCUAUGAAACCGCAUCGACAUUUUAAAGAACGAAAAAUAUACCAUUGUUAUCAUUGAUGAUACCUUAAUGUCA